AUGCUGGGGCUCGUGGCUCUCGUGGCCCUCGCGGCGGCGGCGGCGGCGGCGGCGGCGCUCGCGGCGGCGCUGGGAGGGGGCGGGGCGGGGCGGGGCCCGCGGGGCGGCGCGCUGCACCUGCUGCACCCGCAGGGGGCGCUGCACCUCGCGCGCCUCGCCCGGCGGCACGGGCCCGUCCUGCGCAUGCGCACGGGGGGGCGCGACGUACUGGUGCUGAGCUCGACGAGGACCAUCCGGGAGGCACUGGUCCGGCACUGGGGGGACUGGAUGGACCGCCCCCCGAGUUACUUGGGGUCGCUCGUGUCGCGCGGGGGGCGGGACCUGGCGCUGGGCGUGGCUUCCGCUGAUUGGCUGCGGCAGCGCGGGGCGGUGCGCGCGGCUCUGGCGCGCGCGGGGGCACGGCUCCGCCCCCUCCUCGAGCAGCAGGCGCGCGCGCUCUGCCAGGAGCUGCGUUCCCAUGGCAAGAGCCCUCUGGACCCCUUCGAGGUUUUUGCCUUUCACACUUGCAGCACCAUUGGGCACCUCAUUUUUGGGGAGCUGGUGCCCCCUGAGGCGGAGCUGAGGAGAUUCACUCGCUGCCUUCUGGAGCUGCUGACUGUGUGGGGCAAGGGCAGCGUCAGGGCCCUGGAUGUGCUGCCAGCCCUGCGGGUCCUGCCCCACCCCGGGCUGCGGGAGCUGCUGCAUCUGGUCCAGCAGCGCGAUGCCUUCCUGGAGGCCCAGAUCCGGCGUCAUGAGGAGUGCCCGUCACCGCCGCGGGACACGGUGCUGGGAGUGCUGCGGGGGGAGCAGCCUGGGGGGCAGCUGUGCCCUUCCCAAAUCCACAUGGCGCUGGUGGAUCUCUUCAUCGGUGGCACUGAGACCACAGCGGCCACUCUGGGCUGGGCCACCGCCUUCCUGCUGCACCGGCCUGAGCUGCAGGAGCAGCUGCACGAGGAGCUACGGCGGGAGUUGGGCCCCGCAGGGACCCCCCACUCCAGUGACGCUGGGCGACUGCCCCUCCUCAAUGCCACCAUCACUGAGACGCUGCGUCUCCGGCCCCCUGCGCCCCUGGCCCUGCCCCACUGCGCCCGCCGGCACACCAGUGUUGGGGACAUCCAGGUUCCAGCUGGUUCCAUCCUGAUGCCGAACCUCUUGGCUGCGCAGAGGGACCCCGAGCUCUGGCACCACCCUGAGGCCUUCCUACCUGAGCGGUUCCUGGAGACGGGCGCCCCCUGGCGGGCGCUGGUGCCGUUCGGCUGCGGGGCGCGCGCGUGCCCGGGCGCGGCGCUGGCGCGCGCGGAGCUGGCGGCGCUGCUGGGACGCCUCCUGCUGGAGCUGCGGCUGCAGCCGGCGGGGCCGCCGCCGCCCCUCGGCGAGGGGGGCGGCGGGGGGACGGUGCUACGGCCCCCGCGGUUCCUCCUGCGGGCAGUGCCCGCGAACCCCACCCCGCUCUCGCCCCCCGCGGCUCCCCCGGCGCUGGCACAGCCGUAG